AUGCCUCCAAAUUUGGACGACAAUUUACUUAACAGGCCAUCUUCGGACCUCAUCUUGUUUAUGGCCCCAUUGCUGCCUAACGGUCCGGUCUCCGACGACGACAGCGACGAGGAAAUCGCCCCUGAACUUGAAGAAGAAGAUAUAGUCUCGGACUUGUCGCAAAUUCUUAUCCCUCUGGAGCAGAACCUGCGAGCGCUUUUGGUACAAGUAACUGGUACGGAAGACUUGGAUAGGGUAACUCAAGUGAAAUUGAGGGUAAUAGCCAGAGACGUGCCCCUACAACAUUUCAGCGUCUACAUUCCGGCCCUGAGGGAACUGAUUCUGGAUGGCAGUGUCGUCUCCUCGCUCAGAGACCUAGGCUGCGGACUAAAAAAUUUAAAAAUUUUGAGAGUAAACCGGUGUGGAAUCGACUGCUUAGAUAACAUGCUGGGCCUGGAAAGUUUGGAAGAACUGUACGCUGCAAAUAAUGCGAUUGAAAACUGUAUGCCUUUAGCUUUUUUAAGUAAUAUCAAGACAGUGGAUCUAAGAAGUAACCAGUUGAAAAAUAUGACACGCACGUUGGCCUUCCUGACUCUAUGCGAGAAACUGGAACAUAUUUAUCUCGAGGGAAAUGCUGAAAUAUGGCAGUUUCCGAAGUACCGACAGACCGUUAAAAGCUUAUUACCUAGACUGAGAAGUUUAGAUGGCAUUACCUACACUGAAGAAGAGUCUAAUACGAAAGCCUCGCCUGAAAUAAAUCGGGAACUUCAACAAUAUUUAGCACGGAAAUCCGAGGAAUCGGGGCCGACACCCAGAAAUACUUUAUCGGAUGUAAUUAAUGGAGCUGGCGCCCCCAGAAGUCGACCCGUUGCACCAAACAGCGCGACUGGAUUCACUAUAACAUUCCCUCCUAAAGUAUUUCUGGAUAAAUCUACCAAUAAUAAACAGUAAUUGCUAAUUUAAUUUCAACUAGGAGAAAGCAACUAUACGUAAUUUGAUCACUGGUUAUAAAAUAGAAGCACCUAAGAGAAUUAUCAAUAUUAAUAAAUUAGUACC